AUGAACUUGAGGCCCGCCGUAGUGUUCCUACUAGUGGCCCUUCUGGGCUGCCUGCUCAAGUGUGGGAAAAGCGUUAAGCGGAAAAGAGGAGUAUGCGGCAAGCGCAGAGGGCUCCUGAACAAAAAGCUCAAAUAUAUCAACAGCAAACUGAUAAGCAGAAGGAAGGAAAAUUACGUGAGAGCUAAAAUGACUGAAAAUAAAGUGAAGGGAAAGGAUAUUAUAUAUGGAAAUGAAUGUCGUAAUGAAUUAUUACGAGGCAUUUUAACUGUCUCAGAUGUAGUGAAGCUAACUUUGGGUCCUAGAGGAAGAAAUGUACUCCUGGAAAAAGAAUAUGGAAGCCCAUUAAUAAUUAAUGAUGGAGUGACAAUUGCAAAAAAUAUCUCAUUAAAGGAUAGGAAGAGAAAUAAUGGAGUCAAGUUAAUGCAGGAGAGUACCAACAUAUCUAAUGACAAAGCAGGAGAUGGUACAAGUUCCACAGCACUAAUGACAGCUACCAUCACAAGGAAAGGAAUUGAACAAGUGAAUAAAAAUCACAACCCUAUCCCCAUACAAAAAGGAAUACAAAUAGCUGCAAAAAUGAUUAUAGAAAAAAUUAAAUCAUUAUCUACCCCAAUUAAAACGUAUAAGGACAUUUUAAACAUCGCCACCAUAGCUAGUAAUAAUGAUACACAUAUGGGAAGCAUCAUUGCAAAUGCUUAUGACAAGCUCGGGAAAAAUGCUGCAAUAAUUUUAGACGACAAUGCAGAUAUUAACGACAAAUUAGAAUUCACAGAAGGUUAUAAUUUUGACCGGGGAAUUAUUAACCCCUACCUUUUAUACAAUGAAAAUAAAGACCACAUAGAAUAUAAUAAUGUGUCUACCCUCAUUACGGAUCAGAAUAUUGAUAAUAUUCAAUCCAUUUUACCUAUUUUGGAAAUUUUUGCUAAGAACAAGCAGCCACUCUGCAUCAUCGCCGACGACUUCAGCAACGAAGUCCUCCAGACGCUCAUCAUAAACAAGCUCAAGGGCGCCAUCAAAGUGGUACCCAUAAGAGCGCCCUCGUUUGGAGACAGGCGUAAGGACUACCUGAAGGAUCUGUGCAUCGUGACGAACAGCAAAUACAUAAGUGCGGACGUGGGUCUGGACCUGAACAACCUCCACAACAACAUGAGCUCCUUUGACAACAACUACCUGACGCUGCUGGGAAGUGCAAAUACACUCAUUGUAAAAAAAGAUAGAACCAGUUUAAUCACCAAAGAGGAAUACAAGAAUCAAAUAGACGACAGAAUUAAAGUCUUAAAAAAAGAGUUUGAAGAAACGACAUCUAAGUAUGACAAGGAAAAAUUAAAUGAGCGAAUAGCUGCCUUGUCAGGUGGUAUUGCCAAAAUAUUAAUCGGAGGAAAUACAGAAACGGAACAGAAAGAGAGGAAGUUUAAAUAUGAGGAUGCAACCAAUGCAGUGAAGAGUGCUAUCGACAUUGGGUAUGUCCCAGGAGGAGGAGUCACCUAUUUAGAAAUAAUCAAAUCAAAUUUCUUAAACGAAAUACAUAAGAAAAUUGAAGAAGAACUUAAAAACACAGGAAACCAAGAAGAUAAGAAAUAUUUAGAUCUAGUGGGUAACUUAGAAUCUGAAUUGGAACUCCGAAAAAUGGGAGCAAAUAUAGUAGUCAGCAGCUUAGAUGUAAUUACCAAGCAAAUAGCAGAUAAUGCUGGAGUCAAUGGAGAUAACGUUGUGAAAAUUAUUUUGAAUUCACAAGACAAAUACGGAUUUGGGUAUGAUGUUAAUACAAACAAAUUUGUGAAUAUGGUUGAAAAUGGAAUUAUUGACAGUACCAAUGUUAUUAUAAGUGUUAUUAAAAAUAGCUGUAGUAUAGCUAGUAUGGUUUUGACGACAGAGUGUAUGAUGGUGGACAGUGAGAAGAAGGACAAGGGAAUCCUCGACUCAAGCAUCAGCUCACCCAACUACCUGCAGCAGCAUAGAAGGGCUGGAGCGUAUAGGAGGAAACUAGACCAUAUGGACGAUGAUGAGGAUGAGGAUGAGGAUGACCUGGAGAAUGAAGAGGACGACGAGGAUGAUGAAGAGGAAGAUGAGGAUGAUAUUGAUGAUGAGGAGGACGACGUACAGGAGGAAGAGGAGGAUGAAGACGACGGCUACAACUACGAUGAGUAA